AGUUCCCGGGAGAUCCGUAGGAGAAACGGAACCUGGAAUCACGGCGGAAUAGAAUGGCGGCGGGCGCGAGCAUGGCAUCGCUGUUGGAGGAGCUGAAGGUGGAAGACCCCUACUUUCCACCCAGACCGUGGGAGUCCAUUUCUUCUGGAAGUGGCAUUCCUUCAUUGUCGUCGCUUCACUCUGAACAAUCUUCAAAUGACCUAUUAUCUAUUUCUGGAGUCACUGAGUCGAGCUUGGUAAGACUUGCUUUGAAUUCUUUGCAAGGUGUUGAAUCAGCUUUAAUAUCAAUCGGGAAACUCUCAGAUUCUUUUUGCUGCGAUUCUGCUGAUAGAUCAUUUCAUUGCAUUCCAAGUUUGUGGACCAGAGCAUCCAGCACUCUGGCACUAGGGAAUUUACUCAAGUCCAUAGGGCGAUUUGGUUGUAUUAUUUUUCUCCUCCACAAAUUUGUUUGUUACUUUACAAGUUCAAGUGCAGAUUGCAACUCAGGGACUGAUGAAAUCCAAGGCCACAAUUCAAGCUGCCAGUUGAACAACCAUACACUUGUUAACCAGGCAUUUGCAGUUGCUGUGGGAAGAGUCUUAGAUGGUUAUAGCUCUGCACUCAACAGUUUGCUUUCAUCUGUGAGAUUAAGGUGCGGCUCUAAUGUUGCUGAUGGAGGCUGCCUGACAAAUAUUGGUCAUUCUGAGAUCACAAUUUUGGAGGUUUAUUUGCACAGCACAGGCUUAAGAGUGCAAAUAGAAGCACUUGGAAACAUCUGCAAAAUGUGUGAUUUAGCCCUCUGUUUUCCAGAAUUACCUUUCAAAGACUUAUUGGUUAAAGCUGGCCUUGAAUUUUGUAACUUUCCCAGAAGUGGUGCACUGAUAACAUUUUUAUACUCACAACUUAAGGACGCAGAUCCUGUUCAUUGUCCUCUCCUUAAGUUCCUCUUUAUUCGGUCUUGGGAACCGUAUUGUGGCUUCAUUAGAUCAUGGAUUUACGAAGGCAAGAUCAGUGAUCCUUCCAAAGAAUUUGUUGUGGAACCUGUUCAUGAUCUUCCUGCUAUGGAUGUAUUUGGAAUAUCAAAUAACUUUGCUGUAGCCAAUGUCAAGGUACGAGAUGGAGUUGCUGUGCCUUUAUUCUUAAAGAAAUUCCUGAUUCCUCUUUUCAGAGCAGGCCAACAGCUUCAAGUGAUUAAGAGGUUGCUCGAGUUGUCUAAAAAUAUUAGUUCAAUGAGUUGUUCUUUUGAGGAGUUUCUUCCGGGGUGUAAUGGGCCUUCCACUGAAUAUCCCACACUUUCUUCCUCAUUGGCUUUUGACAAAGGAACAAUUGAAGGAAUUGCGCUGGCCAGAAGCACUUUUUACCUGCAGAUACUAGAAGAUAUUGAUAAUAUCUUUUCCAAAUUUGAAUUUAGACCUCAAGGGGGUUCACCGUAUGGAGCUCAAGCUAUAUAUACAGACUCUAGGAGGAGUCAGAAGUCAUCUGAUCUGUUUGCACCAGAUGAUAACUUUAUUACAUCUCCGAGUGAAAGAAGCAAUCAUGAAUUGCUUGAUGGUGUUUCUGAAGUUUCUAGCACAGAAGAUGAGCUUUUUUCUCAAGAUGUCAUGGAUGCACCUGAAGAUUCAUGUUCAGAAGAUUCUGAUGAGCAACCCGAAUCUGAGGAUUUGACUUACAUACCCCUUACUGAUAAGCAACUGGAGUCUAGUUAUUUUUCUGCUUUGACUUUCAUUACAAACCAUUCAUUGCAAAAGCUGCCCCAAGAUGAGAUUUCACGCAAUCAAAAGCCUUUUCUGGAUGAAAAAUGUGAAAGAAAUGAUGACUCUGGGAACUCUUCCAGUAUUAGGCACAAAGGAAAGCUCGAGAAGGAGCAUGCAUUGGCCCUUUACAUGGGAGAACAAAGUUCACUACUUACUUGUGAUACCCAAGGUACAGAAAUUGGAUGCCAACUGUCUGAUCACAUUCUUGUAAAUCCUUUUAACGUUCAUAGAAGGAAUAUCAGUAAUUCAUCAUUGCUUACCAUGGCUCAAAAGUUGAAGGUACAUGAUGGUAGUCAGAUAACAGAAUUGUUGGAUUAUGAAGAGUCACUUGUGCAUACAAAUGCUUCACUCCUGAAGGCUGAUAGCGAGCAUCAGUACCAUAAUUCUACCGUUCAAAGCUCAAGUAGUUUUUCAUCAUCGAGACUGAAAUACAAUCCUAAUUUUUUAAUUCUGAAACCAACUUUGAUCAAAAGUUCUCUUGUAAAGCCAAGGACCAAGCCAGGAGAAAUAUGGCACCAAAGAAAACCCUUAUCAUGUUUCGACUUCACAUCUGUAAGUGAUCCUUGCAAAUUAUACUUGCAGAUGUUGGAAUAUAGAACAACAGAAAAGCUUGGAGCUGAAAGUUCUGUUUUGACUGAUAAUUCUGGUGCUACUGGCAUUUCUUCAAGUGUUGUGCACGAUCAAGAAAGCCAGGAUAUCGGAAACUCAGGAAAAUGUGGCAAGCUUUCUUAUGCUUCACAUGUAUGCUCUGAAACUAGCGCUCCAGAACUCUCAUCAAUUUCAAAUACUAAUGGUGGGAGUGGCUGGGCCAGUCUGCUCCAUGGUUGUAAUAAAACAACUAGUACAGGUGCCAGUUAUCAUGGGCCUAGUCUGGUGACCGAUAAUAAGAUACCUUUGGAUUAUAUAAUCAAGAAGUGCUUACUGGAAGAGAUUCUGCUUCAAUAUAAGUAUCUAAGCAAAUUGACCAUAAAAUUGUUUGAGAAAGGAUUUGAUUUGCAAGAGCAUUUGUUGGCACUAAAGCGGUAUCAUUUUAUGGAAGUAGCUGACUGGGUGGAUUUGUUCAUGACAUCUCUUCUGCGUCAUAAAUGGUAUGUCUUAGAGGCUGAAAAGAGAUUAUCAGAAAUUCAAGGUCUUCUUGAGCUGUCAGUUCAGAGAUCUUCAUGUGAAGGAGAUACAAAUAGAGCUCGACUAUACGUGUACAUGAAACAUGCUAUGGCUAAUAGUCCAGCUUUGGCUACAGGCCCAUUUCAUGGAAUCAACUCCUUUGACUUUCUUGGCUUGGGCUACCGAGUGGAUUGGCCAAUCAGUAUCAUUUUAACCCCUGACGCAUUGAAAAUAUACUCAGACAUUUUCAGUUUUCUGAUACAAAUCAAGCUUGCACUUAUCUCUUUAAGUGAUGUAUGGAGCUUACUAAAGAAUCACGAUCAAUUGAGCAAGGAUUGUAAGUUUGAGGCACAAGAUACAAAAUUGCAUCAGAUAUCUAUCUUAACUAAAACCAGGCACCAGCUUAAUCAUUUUGUAUCUGCAGUCCAGCAAUAUGUGCAAUCUCAAUUAUCACAUGUUUCCUGGUGCAGGUUCAUGCACUCCCUUAAGCACAAGGUCAAAGAUAUGAUGGACUUUGCAUUGGUGCACAUGGAAUAUCUCAAUGAUUCACGGCAUAUAUGUUUCCUGACUGAUGAAACCCAACCAAUAGCUCGCAUCAUCCAAGAGAUAUUGCAGUCUGCAUUAGAAUUUCGGUCUUAUAUGGCUGAUGGCGUUUUUAUAUCCGAUGGACUAAAUGAAAGAGAAGUUUUGGGUGGUCUUCCUCAGGUAGACAUGACCCAGAUGCUUUCCAUAAGAAAUACAUUCAUGAAGAGCAUCAAAGAUUUGCAUCUAAUUUAUCUUAAGUUCCCUAAGCAUGAUGAAUUUGGUAUAUCGCGUCUUUGGGAUUAUAUCAAUUAUAACGAGUAUUACGCCGAUAUCAUUGGCAACCCAAUGGGAGUGGGGAGUUUUCUUGUCUAAAACUUCAGAUCCGGAGAACAGUUUGGUGGAUAGUGUCACAAGAGAUUGCUUUGUCUAAAGCCAUUGGUGCCUGCCUUGUACUGUUCAGGAGCUUGAAUGGCUGCAGAAAUCCAGAGGCACAUGGACUGACUUGGUGCAAGUCUUGUAAGAAGUUCUUGCUUCAUUUAAGGUUAUUUAGUUAGUAUUUUGUUGUGAAGCUCGAUGAUUUAGUCUCAAUUAUUUUAAAGUCAAGCUAUUUUCGAUCUUCUCAACAGGAAAACCUCCUCCAUAACUUAUUAUUUGUAAUUACUUGCAAUUUUGUUAGUCUGUGAUAUCACUAUGUCAGUCAGGUAUAUUGAAAUGGGGUUCUUCCAUAAAUAUUUAAAUCAAAGAGUGAAUUCCCA